GGGUCUCAACAUGAAACUAAAGCAGCUCGAAAGCCUUCUUGGUGCUCUCCAACAGUUCUCAAACCCAAAGGUGGAGCUGGAACAAUACCCAACUGGAGCCCACAUUGCAUCUCGCAUGCUCUACACUGCAGAGAAUUCAUUUGAGGAUGUGUGUGACAAGGUUGUGGCUGAUUUUGGUUGUGGUUGUGGUACAUUGGGGGUAGCAGCUGGACUCUUGGGUGCAGAACAUGUGAUUGGCAUUGACGUCGAUCCAGAAUCUCUUGAAGUAGCAUCACUAAAUGCUGAGGAACUUGAGUUGGAUAUAGAGUAUAUUCAAGGCAACAUCAAGAACUUAGGAUGGAGAGCUGAAGUUGUUGAUACUGUUGUAAUGAAUCCUCCAUUUGGAACUCGGCAAAAGGGUGCUGACAUGGAUUUUCUCUCUGUGGCUUUGAAGGUUGCUUCUCAAGCUGUUUAUUCGUUACAUAAAACCUCCACAAGAGAUCAUGUGAAAAGGGCAGCCUUGCGGCAGUUCAAUGCUAGUAGUGCUGAGGUUAUAUGUGAGCUUCGAUAUGAUUUACCACAAACAUACAAGUUUCAUAAGAAACGAGAGGUGGAUAUUGCUGUGGACUUGUGGCGAUUUGUUCCCAAGAGUAGGCAGGGUUCGUAGAUCUAGCACAUGUAUUGUGUAUUAUAGGUGAAACAUACAUUGAAUGUUAAUGUGGGAAUGUGUUAUUGUUUUCAUCAAGAAUCUAUUGGCUUUCUCAGAGGAAACCAAUGUAAUAGUUGAAUAGGCGACCUCUUUUUGACAGAGUUUCUCAACCUCGUGUCUGUAUUGUUGUUGCAUGCAAUUUCUUUAGAAUGUAGAAGCCUUUCAAUGUUAUAAGUAUGCAUAAUGAUCCGAAAUUGG